AGUCAGCAAGUGCCCAAGUCUACGAACAACUCCUUGCAUUUCCAGCAGCUGCUCUGUCUUCUCCUUCUACCUCACAACAGACACACACUGAUCGACCGAGCGAGUGAGCAACAAUGGCGGACCUCGUGCUUGGGCUCGCCAAGACGACGGUGGAGGGGACGGUAUCCAUGGCCAGGGCGGCCAUGGAGGAAGAGGAGAAGCUGAAGAAGAGCGUGCAGCGCGACCUGCUGGUCAUCUCGGACGAGUUCGAGAUGAUGCACGCCUUCCUUGAAGACGCCAAGGAUCACGUCACGGACAAUGUGACGAGGACCUUGGUGAGGCAGGUCCGCAAAACGGCCCUGGACGUGGAGGAUUGCAUCGAGGCCAUUAUCUACCUGGACAACAAGCCGCACUGGUGGCACCGCAUGAUGCUCCCAUGGUGCAUGCCGCCUGCAGCACCAGGGAAGGAUCUCGACGCUGCCGUUGCCUAUAUAGAGCAGCUCAAGGCUAGGGUCGAAGCCAUGGGUCACCGGAAUUUGCGCUAUAAGCGCAUCGGUGACUGCUGCCAUAAGCCUGCCGAGCACCAGCAUGCUGUUGCGACAAGUGCAGCGAAGCAGAGCAGUCAAGUUGAUCUUAUCAUGUCGAUCAACGGGAGAAAUACAAAUGAAUCGAGGCAGAUGAAGGGAGGAGCUGAGGGGGGCAAAUCACACCAAGCACCUCGCCCUCGUUAUUCAUAUUUUCUGGCUCCACCCCCAAUAGGCAACAGUAAUGAUGAUGAAAAAGAAGAAGAAAAAGACGAAAUAGAAGAAGCAGUGGGGGGGGAAAUAGAAGUGGGAAACAAAAAAGAAGAUGCGGGAAACGAGUCGAAGGUGGAGCAAGAAGUAGAUGAUGUCCAACUCAAAGUCAUCUCAGUGUUGGGAACAGGGGGCGAUCUGGACAUGAUGUUCAUCAACAAGGCCUACGACGACCCAGAAACCAGGAAAAACUUCAAAUGCCGAGCCUGGGUGAAACUGGAGCAUCCUCUCAAUCCCAGUGAGUUCAUCCGGAGCUUGCUGGCUCAGUUCCACAAAAACAUCUGUCCAGAAAAACACAACACGUUUCAUCAAAAAGAAAAAGAAGACAACACGUUUCAUCAAAAACAAAAAGAAAAAGACAACACUGUCAACUUUCUGGAGUUAAUGGUGGCAACAGACGGCGUACUCAUUCAGAUGUUCAAGGCGCAAAUACGUAAGAAAUACCUAGUGGUCUUGGAGGACGUGUCCACCAUGGUUGACUGGGAGACCGUCAGGGGCUACCUACCAGACAAUAAAAAUGGCAGCUGCGUCGUCGUGCACACGCGACACCCUGGAAUUGCAUGCUCGUGCGUCGGGCAUGGAGACCGAGUAUCGGAGCUGGAAAAGUUAUCGGUCGAUCAUUCUGUCCAUGUUCUUUUGAAGGAGGAUGUGGCCGGAAAAUCAACCUGCUCCAAGACAGAACCAUAUGAAGAGUGGGAAAAGAAAAAUCCACUUUUUGGCCGUGAAGAGGAUUUAAGAUGGUUGUCUUGGCUCACAGAUGAAGAUGCCCGCGUGGUUCCGGUGUGGGGGAUAUCUGGCGUUGGCAAAUCAUUUCUCGUCAAACACUUUUGCCGAAAGGUACAGGAAGAAGAGUAUCAUCGUGACAGAAAUUUUAUUUGGUUGAAUGUAUCCCGUCCAUUCGAUUUAAGGGACUUGUCCAGGAGCUUAUUUUCGGAUCUACUGAGUUCUUCUCCCGAAGGCCACAUGAUGCCAACGAUCAAAGACCCCAUUCAAAGGUGCCAUGAAUUUCUGCUGGGACAAAAAAACUCCAAGUACUUCAUUGUUAUCGACGGUUUGCAAUCCAUAGAAGAGUGGGACUCGAUAAGGCCUGCCUUCAAAUCUACUACCGGAUCAAGCAUACGAGACAAUGUUGUCAUAAUAAUAGUUACCAAUGAAGAAAGUGUUGCCAAUCACUGUGCAACAGAUAAGAACUUGGUGCGGAAUGUCAAAGGUCUAGAAGUUCGCUAUGCCAUUGAACUCUUCAACCGGGUAGUAACUAAGAAUGAGGAGUAUGAUUGGAAGUGGAAUGAAAACAGAGAGGAAAUAAUGCAUCGGAAUGAGCAAACAAGGGAUAUCUUAGUACAGAAAUGUGGUGGACUUCCCAAGGUCAUAUGUGCUGUAGCUGAGUCAUGGAGGAUGGUGCGCGACAUAGAAGUAAAAGAUAACCUUGUGUCGAAGUUGGAGGCCAACGCACCACUUACCACACAGAGUCUAGAAGGCACGUUUUCCUGGUUGCUUUCCUACUUUCGUUCCUGUCCGGAUUACCUGAAGCCAUGUAUCUUCUACCUGACAAUCUUCCCUGUGAACCACACCAUCCGGCGGACGCGUUUGGUGAGGCGGUGGAUAGCGGAGGGAUACUCUAGAGACAAUAAAGAAAACACUGCAGAGGAGAACGGGGAGAGCUCCUUUUCCAAGAUCGUCAAUCUAAGCAUGAUCCAGGCGCCAAGAACAAAAGUUGAUUACAUGAGGAUGUCUCUGUGCCAAGUCAAUGGUUUCCUCCGUGAAUACAUCGUCUCACAGUUAAUGGAAGAGAACCUUGUCUUUGCACUUGAGGGCCAUUGCAAAAAGAACAUACAGCGCACAGGACGGCACCUUGCCAUAGACAAUAGUUGGGACAGAGACAAAAAUGUGUUCGAGAGCAUCGACCUUUCAUUGCUACGGUCUUUGACUGUGUUUGGUAAGUGGGAAACAUUCAUCAUCUCUGACAGGAUGAGGCUGCUCCGGGUGUUGGAUCUAGAGGACGUAUCUUCAGGUGUUACAAAUGGUGACGUCGAGAAGAUGGUGAAGCUGCUGCCCCGCCUCAAGUUCCUCUCCUUAAGGGGAUGCAGAGAAAUCUCUCGUCUGCCUGAUUCCUUGGGAGACCUGAAGCAGCUCCAAACUCUGGAUAUCAGGGAAACAUCUGUAAUCAAGCUACCAAAGAGCAUCAUCAAGCUAGAGAAACUGCAGUACAUUCGUGCCGGUACCGCCAAGCAUCAUCAAGCUAGUGAAGCAGCAGAGAACCCAUCAGUGGCAGCAGCAGAGAACCCAUCAGCAGCAGCGCCAAUAAGCAGACCAUGUGCUACUCUGGGGUCAAAGCUGACCAUACACCGCCGUCAUGGCUCUCAUAGCGGCAUCAAGGUUCCUAGAGGGAUUGGGAAGCUUUCCAGCUUACACACGCUGGGUGUUGUUAACAUUCACGCUUCAGGCGAGGAUGGCAUUCUGGAGGAGCUCAAGAACCUUACCCAACUGCACAAGCUUGGAGUGUCCGGCAUUAACCGGAAGAACAGCGAGAAAUUUUUCUCAGACAUCUCACGUCUCGUCCAUCUGGAAUCCUUGUCACUCAAAAUGCAGGCAAACCAAGACAAUGAAGCUGCUGGUUUAAUGGCCGACAUCUCGUCGCCUCUGGAGAAGCUACGGAGCCUUAAAUUGUACGGGCUAGUUGACAGGUUGCCAUCAUGGAUCAUGCAGAUGUGCUUGCAGCUGCCUAGACUUGAGAAAGUGGAUUUACAGAUGAAAACGUUGCCUCAGCAGGAACUAGAUUUUAUUCUAACUCUACCAUAUCUAUGUAGUCUACGUCUUCGGUUGGCAGAGUUUCAAGGUGGAGAGCUCCGUUUCGGUUGGAGUAUUGCUCAGAGUUCUGGUGAGUGGAUUAUCGACUUCCUUGAGAUAGCAUGCAACUCCAGAUUACAGGCUGUAAAGUUUGGCUCAAAAGUAUACAUUGAGAUCCUGAAGAUUCGCUGCUCUAGUGUGUCUUCAUCACUACAGUUUUAUGGUCUACGGUCUAUGUCAAGUCUGAAGGAAGUCUUGCUUAGCGGAUCCUAUGACCACGCCUUCGAGCAACACUUGGAGAGGGAGCUUAAGGAGAACAAAAACGGACCUAUUCUGAAGCCAGAGCAACCGUCAUCAUCGACCUGAUGGGUGCUGAGCGGCUCCUGAUGGUGUAUAUACUAUUGCAAUCUUUCAUGAUCUGCAACUAGUGGGAAUUACUACACUACUCACUAGUAUGUUCAAGUGUGACAUUGCAUUGAACACUGAAAUGUGUUCUAGUAUACAUAUGUUCCAUGCGUGCUUUGCGUUCGUCGUCUCAGGCUCCAAGAAUGAAUUUUUCUCAGGGAGAUAUGAAUUCAUGACGUCUAUACAUGACUCGUGCCAUGGUUUGAAACACUGAGAACAAGUGGAUUAUACUUGUAAAUUCAAUAUAUUCAUUCUGUCGAGUAUAUUGAUUUUUUA